AUGCCCAGGAGAGGCCGCCAGAGGCUUCGCCUCAGGCUUGCGGAGCAGGUAAGGGAACGGAGCAGCUAUGCACGAGGAGCCCAGGAGAGAGACGCCCCGGGGGGGGUGCCGGGGCCUGUGCCCCAGGGGAGUGGCGGUGGCCGGCAGCAGGAGCCCCGGGAUUGGCAGGUGGCCUCCACAGUCCCGAGACGUGUCUGCUCUCCCCAGGUGCUGGAUCUCGCCAACAACCAGCUGAGCGAGAUCCCCGCGGAGCUGGCCGACUGCCCCAAGCUCAAGGAGGUCAAUUUCCGGGGCAACCGGCUGCGUGACAAGCGCCUGGAGAAGAUGGUGGGCGGCUGCCAGACCAAGUCCGUCCUGGAGUACCUGCGGGCCGGGGGCCGCGGGGGCCGGGCCCGCGAGGACAGCCGCAAGAAGAGGGAGCGGAAGAAGCGCGAGACCGGCGAGGGGGAGGAGGAGGUGGAGGCAGCCGCCAGCCUGCUCCUGCGCGUCCUGCACGUGGCCGAGAACCCCGCCCCACUGACCGUCAGGGUGAGCCCCGAGGUCAGGGACGUCCGGCCGUUCUUCGUGGGGGCCGUCGUGAGAGGCAUGGAGCUGCAGGCCGGGAACGCACUCAAGCGCUUCCUCACCUCUCAGGAUGAAGACCGCAGCUGCCAGCACCGUGGCCGCAGGGCCCAGCUGCAGGGCCUCCUGGAGGCCAUGGGUGGGGGCGCACCCCACACGCUGACCUCCGAGCCACCUGCUGUGCUGGCUGCUGUGCCCAUGGGCCUGCAUGUCACUCCCUACGGGGUGCUGUGGGGGGGAGCCGGAGGGCUUUACCUGGGGGCGGCGCCCAGCUCCCGCAAGGCUUCCACUCGGCUGCCCUGGGUCACCCUGCAGUGGGCGCCCUCCACCCCUGGGAGGCUGCUACUGCGCCUCGCCCUCAGGAAUGGCCAGUAA